AUGGCACCUGCUUUGGAAUCCAGCAAGAUCGCCUUCAUCGGCGGCGGCAACAUGGCCGCAGCGAUUAUCGGAGGCCUGGUCGCAAAGGGCAUCGACAAGCAAAACGUUACCGUCUCUGAGCCGUGGGACGUGAACCGUGAGAAGAUGGCCGCCCUCGGCGUCAAGACCACCACCUCCAACGCAGAGGCCUUUGUCGGCGCCGACAUUGCUAUCCUGGCCGUGAAGCCCCAGGUCGCAAAGGGCGUCUGCAACGAGCUUGGCAAGGCCGUCUCAGGCCAAGAAAAGGUGCCCGUCGUCGUCUCUAUCGCCGCCGGCAUCACCCUCGAGGCCCUCCAGAAGUGGCUGGCGCUCGACAAUGGCCGGUCCCCGCACGUCGUGCGUGUCAUGCCCAACACUCCUGCCCUAGUGGGCGAGGGCGCGUCUGGUCUGUUUGCAGGUAGCGACGUGACGGAGGACGAGAAGAAGUUGACCGAGGCACUCAUGGCGAGCGUCAGCAAGGCGGCGGAGUGGGUUGACAAAGAGGAGCUGAUUGAUGUCGUCACAGGCUUGUCGGGCUCCGGUCCUGCAUACUUCUUCACCAUGGUCGAGCACCUUAUUUCCAGCGCUGUUGGUCUUGGCCUCUCUCCUGAGCAGGCGAAGCGCUUGGCCACCCAGACCUGUCUCGGUGCCGGCAAGAUGCUCGUCGAGUCCCCCGAGGAGCCCAGUCAGCUUCGCAAGAACGUCACCAGCCCCAACGGCACCACGCAUGCUGCCCUUCAGAGCUUCGAGGCAUCUGGCUUCCAGGAGAUUGUCAACAAGGCUGUCAAGGCUGCGGCGGAUCGCGGUGAGGAGCUUGGAAAGACUCUCGGCAACCAGUAA